AAUAUUGUCUCAUUGGAACGACGUAUCAAAAUCGAGGAUUGAUGGCAUAAAUAUAUCAAGAGACGAAUUCUUUGAUAGCGACAUUUUGUGCACGUGUAGAUAGGACAGGGUAUUUAUGUACAGGCAGUUUAUGCAGCUCUCGCUUAGGGUCUUUAGCUGGAGGUGACAUUCAGCCGGCUAAAGCAGGAGACCAUAGGACGGGUAUUUUUGUACAGGCAGUUUAUGCAGCUCUCGCUCAGGGUCCUUUAGCUGGAGGUGACAUUCAGUCGGCAAAGCAGGAGACAAGUCGACCAUCGUCUUACAAUGGCGCAGGCAGUGCAAAAGCUGGUCGCUAAAGUACCAACUUUGGUUGGCGCCGCCGUCACCUACUCCAAACCUCGGCUAGCAACCUUCUGGCAUUACGCCCGUGUUGAACUUGUUCCACCGAGCCCAGCCGAGAUCCCCAAGGCCAUCGAGGGGGCAACCAACCUCAUCAAGGGUUUCCAGACUGGACGGCUGGGACAAACGACAGUGAAGGAUGCUUUAAGGAAUGGGCUGGUGGCAACUGAAGUCCUGAUGUGGUUUUACAUUGGAGAGUGCAUUGGAAAAGGAGGAAUUAUUGGCUAUGCUGUCUGAACUUUUGGACUGUUAUUAUUCUAUUCCUCUUGAGCAUUGUGUGCGCUACAUCCUGCAAAAUGUCUGGGAACAAUAAACAGAUGUCUAUUAUUACAAAA